AUGGUUCAUGUGAAACGUAUAAAAGGAAAUGUGUCACAAAAACGCUUACAAACACUCCAACGAAAGAAACAACAGAAACGCCAGGGUAUUAUAUCGGAGCCAUUGAUCAAACAUAGCAUCGAGGGGAAGUGGUAUGAGUACGCUGAUGCAGAUCGAAGUGAUGAUGCCAACGAGGCAGAUAGGGAGCAACUCUCAAAAGUCGAAGAAAAAGCGACGUAUCUUCUUAGCCGGGAUAUUGAUGAGAAGGUGCAACCACUAAAGGGAAAUAUUCCUGGUUUCGAAGCAACCACUGAAGGAAGGGGAAUAUUUUUGGUUCAGAAGUUAGCAUGUGAAAGCACUCCUGGAAUUGAAGUGAAUUUUUUGUUCGUUGGAUACUUUGGAUGCCUUCGACAAAUGAACAAUUGUGCGGAUUUUAUGAAUUGGAAUUUCAGUGGAAUCUAA